AGCCCCCUGCCCUUGCCAGUUCCCUGCCCGGCCCGCGCGUCCCCUCCGGCCGCCGCUGUCUAUGGCGCAGCCCCCCUCCCUGGAUCAUGCACAGAAACUUUCGCAAGUGGAUUUUCUACGUGUUUCUCUGCUUUGGCGUCCUCUACGUGAAGCUCGGAGCACUGUCGUCCGUCGUGGCCCUGGGAGCCAACAUCAUCUGCAACAAGAUUCCUGGCUUGGCCCCGCGGCAGCGCGCCAUCUGCCAGAGCCGGCCCGAUGCCAUCAUCGUGAUCGGGGAGGGGGCGCAGAUGGGCAUCAAUGAGUGCCAGUACCAGUUCCGCUUCGGACGCUGGAACUGCUCCGCCCUCGGCGAGAAGACCGUCUUCGGGCAAGAGCUCCGAGUAGGGAGCCGCGAGGCCGCGUUCACAUAUGCCAUCACCGCGGCCGGCGUGGCCCACGCCGUCACGGCCGCCUGCAGCCAGGGGAACCUGAGCAACUGCGGGUGUGACCGCGAGAAGCAGGGCUACUACAACCAGGCCGAGGGCUGGAAGUGGGGCGGCUGCUCGGCCGACGUGCGCUACGGCAUCGACUUCUCCCGGCGCUUCGUGGACGCCCGUGAGAUCAAGAAGAAUGCGCGGCGCCUCAUGAACCUGCACAACAACGAGGCCGGCAGAAAGGUCCUGGAGGAGCGCAUGAAGCUGGAGUGCAAGUGCCACGGCGUGUCGGGCUCGUGCACCACCAAGACGUGCUGGACCACGCUGCCCAAGUUCCGCGAGGUGGGCCACAUGCUCAAGGAGAAGUACAACGCAGCCGUGCAGGUGGAGGUGGUGCGGGCCAGCCGCCUGCGGCAGCCCACCUUCCUGCGCAUCAAGCAGCUGCGCAGCUACCAGAAGCCCAUGGAGACGGACCUGGUGUACAUCGAGAAGUCGCCCAACUACUGCGAGGAGGACGCGGCCACGGGCAGCGUGGGCACGCAGGGCCGCCUGUGCAACCGCACGUCGCCGGGCGCGGACGGCUGCGACACCAUGUGCUGCGGCCGUGGCUACAACACGCACCAGUACACCAAGGUGUGGCAGUGCAACUGCAAGUUCCACUGGUGCUGCUUCGUCAAGUGCAACACCUGCAGCGAGCGCACCGAGGUCUUCACCUGCAAGUGAGCGCCGCCCCGCCCCGCAGGCACGCACGCGCACGCGCACGCCGCUCCUCCGGCGCCCCCUCGCCACCCGCAGGGGCUCCUGUCCGCCGCCUCGGCGCUUCUGCGGCCCGAGCCCCCGAGCCGUGCCCCAGACCCGGCCGGGAGGAAGGGCGAGGCCGACGGCCCUGGUGUCCCUCUGGGGCCCAGGGAGCUCCCGUGCUCUUCUCUGGAGAAGCGAACCCUCCUGGGAAGCAGAGCGACGAGACUCCGAGCGUCCCCCUCCCCCACCUGGCGGCACGACGGACGGACGGAUGGACGGACGGACGUGGAAAUGCCAUGCCGGCCGGCCCACGCCACGCGGGACCCCAUCAGCCGCCGGGGCCUCUGGGUGGUCUGGGCAGAUGUUGACAAAGUUUAUUUAUGUGUUUAGUAUCAGAAAAGAAUUCUUAGCACUAAGGCAUAGCCAGUCCUAACUCUGUACUCCGUGUUAGCGCAUCCCCUGUGGCCCUCUGCUUCCUCUCCCCGCCUCUCUGGCCCGGGGGAGCAUCCCCGUGCACAGCACCCUCUGGCCCUGCCCCAAGAGGGCCUCUGAGGAGAGCCAUGGACAGGGACCCUUCUUCUUGAAAAUCAUAUCACACAAAUCAAAAUGUCACCCACGUCAGGCUCCAGGAGUGCUGUGUCCCCUCCCUAAUGCUGUCACCCGCCCAGCGCCCCCGCCAGCCUGGCAGCCUCAGUUUACAGAGCCCCCUCCCUGCUCUUCCUCACCCUCCCCUCCGCCCCUCGCUGGGAGCCAGACGGAACCCUCGGACAGCCCUGCGCCGGCAGUGGGAUGGCGGGGUGGGGGCGGUUCAGGGGUGUCUUCCUUCUUUGACAGAUGCAGACGCUGAGGCCCAGAAGGGCUCGAGAAUGAGCCAGAGACCCUAAAGUUAUGACCCUGGGCUGUGUGCUCUGGGGACACCCAUGGUGGCAUGAGACUGCCCCCAUGAUUUGAGAGAUCUGGCUGUGCCCCUCCUCCCCUGCUGUCAGCUGCACGGGGACCUGCCCCCCCAAAGGUACUUGCUGGGGUUUCUCUGGUGGCCUCGUGUCCAGUCCUCCUCCUUGGGCCAUGACUCCAAAGCUGGGAAAGCUCGGAUCCAGGGUGUCACUUGGCCAGGGCCCCGCCUGCUGUCCCGGCAGGUGUCUGCCCUCCAGACCCUCCCAGGGUCCCCACGUGCACACCCUCCCCUGAAGUUCAGCUCACCCUGAAACUUGAGAAGGGGCCCCUGCUCAGUUCUCAACCGUGCAUGCUGCGGGGAGAGGCAGAACCCUGGGACUUGGGGCUGAGGUAUCCUCUGUGAGCACUCCACUGUCCCUCGGGGAGUCUGAGGCAUUGAGUGGGUGACUUGCCGGCAAGGAGGCAAGCUGGCUUCUGGCGUGCUGCCCUCCACUGCCCGUGUACCCACCCCCUGCCCCAGAUUUAGGGUAUUUUCUUGCAGAAACCUGUGGAAAUGUGUCCUCAGGCAGCUGACAAGCCAAGUGGGCUAGACAUUAGCCUGGGGUGAGUGACCCUGUCCGGGCCCUGGCCCUGGCAUCGACCCCAUGUGCCCCCGACGAUGCCAGGACACUCCAUCAGCUGCUGUUCCGGGUACUUCCAGGCCACGGUGAAUGACCCGCCCCCGGCCCCCCCACCUCCCCGGGUCCCAGGACACUCCUCUGAGUCCACAGGCCCGGCACCCUCUGCCAAGGAACCUGGUUAACUUAUAUUGUUUAUAGCGUUGAAAUGUCUAUCAUGUCUUUUAAAUUAUUGUGACCUACACUGGGUACUGGA